AACUCAUGGCUCUCUCAUCAUGUCGAACCCCGCAAACUCACAACCCGAUAGCUUAAUACAAGCUGAAAAAUGCAAAGAAUACUGGGAGUCCGUUGAUUCCGACAAUAAUGGAAUGCUUGGUGGUGUUUUAUCCGUCAUGCCUUCCGUUUCCCGCAUCGAUCUCCAAGGCUCACGCACGUUUCUAGCAAGAUUAGGGAUUGGUAUCAAGAGCGGUAGACAGAGGAUACCGAGAGUUCUCGAGGGUGGAGCGGGAAUUGGUAGGAUCACAGAAGGACUGCUUCUCAAGCUUGCAGACCAAGUUGACGUCGUUGAGCCCGUGGUCAAAUUCACAGAAACCCUACGCGGUAAGCCUGGUGUAGGAGAAAUUCACAACGUCGGCCUUGAGGAAUGGGAACCUAGCGAGGGAGCGGUAUACGAUCUUAUCUGGAUCCAAUGGUGCAUAGGACAUCUCAACGACGAGGAAUUGGUGCAGUUUCUGGAGAGGUGCAAAUCGGUGCUGGAGAAGGAACAUGGCCUUAUUGUGUUCAAGGAGAAUUUGAGUACAUGGGGCCAGGACAAGUUUGAUGAGCUUGACGGCAGCGUCACAAGGGAGGAUGAGAAGUUUCAGCAGCUCUUCAAGAAAGCGGGACUGAAGCUGUUGAAAUCGGAUAUUCAGCGUGGAUUCCCGGUUGUCAAGAACCGUCAGCUACUCCCGUUGAAGAUGUAUGCUCUUCGACCGGAGCAAUAGAUCACGGCAGCGUUUUCUCUCGGUUAUAUAUCAUUUCGG